AGGAGGAGGAGAGAGGCUCAAACUGCUUUUUAUUCAGCAACAAGCUCUGAGGAGCUGACAGACCAUCUGCAGUCGCUCUGUGGAUUUCAGCCUCUGACUCUCUGUGACUAACACCUCACCGGCUUUUAUUUCCACAACAAACUCUUGGACUUUGUUUGAAUCCAGCGCUGGGCUUUUUCUCACAGGCUCUGGGUUUUCCUGGUGAUGACCUCACUGCUGUUCCCUGGCAAGGCCCACGCUGCAAUGAAGGACCUGUCUUCCUCGUCUUCUCCACUCACCUCCCUUCUCCACUACCCUUCCUCCAAACCCUCCAUCGUCCCCUUCUCUCCGUCGACUGGUCCCACCUCUUCAUCUGGGGUAUCACUGUCAUCUGCUCCGCUCUCCAAACCGCAGCCUUUCUGCCUGCAGACGGGGCCUCAUCUCAUCGCCAGCAUGCAGCUGCAGAAGCUCAACUCACACUACCAGAACCUCGCCGGUGCCUCAGCCGGACAUCCACCAUCCAGCGGAGUUCAAAGGGGCUUCGGUGGCUCGCCCCUAGGCACAGGUAACCAGCUCCUGGGGCAGUCCGGAGGCCUUGGAGGUGGCGGCAUGGGCGUCGGUAUCAGCACGGGAAGCCAAAGUUCUGGCGCGGGUGGAAUUAUUGACUUUGACCCUGUGGAUGAGGAAGUUCUCAUGUCUCUGGUGGUGGAGCUGGGCUUGGACAGGGCCAACGAGCUGCCUGAACUCUGGCUGGGACAGAACGAGUUUGAUUUCAUAUCAGACGUGCCGGCUGGAUGCUGAUCUACGAAAAAGAUGCAGUGGAGCUGAUUGACAAAAAGAGAGAAGCCUUCUCUCCCCGUUUAGUUUUCCUCUGUCUUCCCGUUCUUGAUUGUGAUGCAUUGAGGAAACAGAAGAGACACUGAUGAAGAGAUUCGAAGCAUGCUCUUGUUUCUGUUUUGCUCUCAUAUUCUCUAUGUGCAGACAAGUGAUGCAAAGAAAAGGACAGCUUGGCUUUUUUAUUUGUAAUGAAGUUGGUUUUCAUGUAUUCUGUUAUUUGUCUUUACCAUGAUCAAACCAAUGAUGGUUCCACCUUGAUUUUUGUUUUUCAUUUUCUUUAAAAGACAGAGAAGCUAAAGCAUUAGGUGUGUUGAAUCUAUCCUCUCUCCUCCCAGCACUCCAUUACUGAGACUUAAUGAAAACGAGCUGAUUGAUGGGAGAAGGCUUGAAAGAGACAUUUGAGCCAACCUCUUGAAAACAGAACUAUAAAGACAAGAAAGAUGCACCUGUUGGACCUGGUUUCUGUCUUUUCUUAGAGCUGUCAAGUCGGUGUAUAAAGAAAAUGAAAAUGGAAGAUCUGCAAAAGGAUGGCAAACACUACACUUCCUCUUUUCUUAAAUGACAAAAUUAGACUCUAGUCUCAUGGGAAAGAGACUCCUGUCUCUUGGUCUCACAAAGAUCUGAUUGUCUGAGAACUGGUUAUCUCCACGUACUUCUCUUUCUUUUCUUUUCUUUGAAUUUAGCUGAACUAGUCUUAUCCAUGUUACUUAAGACAGUGGCUGACAUCCCUCGAUGGGUCUUGGACAAGGAGCACUUCUGUAGCGUCUCUAUGGCCAGCUCUACUCUUCUGAACAUAAUGAAUUAGAUUAAGAAAUGUGGAAUCUUUUUGGAGCAUGUGACAUGAAUACAGUGAAUUGUCUGGUUAUGGAGCGCAAUCUCGUUAGUGCAAAACAACCAGAGGCUUUUGGUCAUGUAUGUUUUUGUUGUUGACCUGAUACGGGCUUAGUCAGACUGGUGUGAGUUCUCUCCUCAACUGGAGAUGGAAAGUUUUGUCACCUUCUGCUUUUUGGUUUUUCCUGUCAGAACAGUUUGUUCAGCACAGACUGACAUUAUUAUGACUUCCCUAAGACGUUCUUGAUUUUUGAAAGUUCAUCUGCUUGUGAAUCUUUUGACCUAAGAACAAGCUGCAGUGUCAGCAUGUCAAGACGCUGGUUAGGAUUGGUGGAUCAGACCAAAGUUAAGCUUUUAGAUAAUUAACAGUGUUUUCUGCAAAAUAUUAGUAUUUUUGUUUUUUUGUUUUUGGAUCAUUGUCUUAGAAAAGACAACACAGGUUGACAAGCGAACUAAAUCCUCUGGCAGCAACAUUUUUUCACACAUCAAUCUUCUGCUAAAUUAACAAUCACCAUCUAAAUAAAUUAAAACUUGUUGACAUUACUAUAGAAGCUUUAACUACUGGGAAAUGAAUCUGCAGACAUAUACCGAGAUGGGCACUGGAAAAUUGGCAGCAGAUGCUCCUGAUACAUCUUCCAGUGCUCGAUUAGGAUGGGGUCUGAGGUUUUGGAGGCCUCUCUUGUGGUUUGGACUCUUUGAGUUCAACUAAAAUCGUGAAUACAGCUUCCCAAGAGUUCUUAGCGACACACAAAUGAACUUCAGCUCUUUACUUUGAAGAAGUCCUGAAGGUGUUGGGUUACAUCAUGACACCUACAGAGCUUGAACAUCAAAUCACUGUUUGCACCAUGUGAUAUGGUUGAAGACUGUGGGAAAAGCAUCUCCAGUGGAGCCUGAGGUGUUUUAGUGCGACAUGUGAACGUAUGAAAUUAAAUGUUUAUGUGGUUGCUCACGCAUUAGGUCACAUUUCCCAACUGGACAAUGCACAAAAAUCUAAUUUCAUUUGAAUUAUUUUUUUUUUAUAGUUUCUUCUUUCACUGUGGUUGCGAACCUUUAAGAUUGUAACGCAUCAUGCAUCACCAGAUGUGCUCACUCUUACAAUAUGGUUAUGUGUUACUUGGGGUGAAAACAAUCCCGUAGGCUUUAAAGUGACACUUGACCCUUUGCCGACCUGAAGGGGCUUUACGUUGCAGCAUCCUGCUAUAGAUACGCGGUCAGGUUGGGUGCCCUGACAUAUAUCUGUUGUGGUAAGAGGAGACACAUGAGAACAAAGGCCUUUCACCCUCCAGCCAGUUUGUCUGUCAUCUGAACAUUGUGGGUCUCCUUUUAGACCACACCAAAUGACUCACCUGUAGAUCUGCACACACCUGUGCAUGCAUUUGCAUCCUUGUAAAGCACAUGUGGAUGAGUAUCUGCAGGCAUACAAAGACAUGGAAAUAAACCACCCCCUUAUCUCUCCCAUACACACAUACACACACAAAUACGUGCACAAACAGUAGCUGUAGCACAUGGAUGGUAUUACAGCAGUGAAAUGAGAGUCGCAGCCAUGAUACAGCCAUUUCUUAGUUACACACAGACUUGGUUUUGGGGUUGUGAGUGUGGCUGCAAGAGAACAUUUAUAUAUAUAUAUGUGUAUAUAUAUAUAUAUAUAAGAGGCGAGGGACUUUCUGAGAAUGAUGCACAAAAAUGCUACUGGUUAGAGACGAAAACACACACUGAGCCUCAUUUAUUCAUUUAGAUAUCGAUGUCUCAGUUCACACACAUUACUCCCGCUCUAUGCAUGCACACACACUCCUGCCUAAUACCACUUCUCGCAGGAGAUAAAGGUCUUAGUUACUCGCCCGGCUUUGGCUUUCUUUUCUUUCUUUAAUGAAACGAGAGAAGCGGUGAUUAAUGAAAAACUGUUGAAGGGGUAAUUUGAUGGAAUCCGUUUUUUCUUUUAAAGGGGAUUUAGUGGAUAUUUCCUUUAUAACAAUCGCCUCACUGGGAUGGCGAAAGGAAUAAAAGAUGCUACUCAUUGCUUCCAAAUCCAACAGACAGACACUCUGAUUCUCCUCUUCCUCUGUCUCGUCGACGAAGUGGGUCAAAAUAACAUUCUUCACAUCGAAGCGAGCCUUAUGAUAGUUUCCAUCUUAUCUGGUGUGUGUAUGUGUGUGUUUUUGUGUCUUAAUCCCAGCUGACUAGAUGUUUUGUUUUUUCUUCUUUGUGAACUAAAGGUCCCCCCUGCUUCUCCUAUCCUGGGAAGCUGCCUUGUCAAUGAUUUCAUUUCCUCUUUUUACUUGAUCCCUGAUAGGACAGAAUAUCCUUAAAAUGAACCUUUUUAACCCAUGAUACUCUUCAUAGUACUUUAAAAACUUAGAUGCAUGACAUUUUGUUUCUUGUUUACUACUUGAAAGCACCAGACUGUUGGUUUAGUAGAUUUUGGCUCAACUACGCCAUCUUUCAUUAAACUUUGCGCUUAACAGGGAACUGAUUUGAUUCAAACGAAUGAUCCUGCAACUAACCCACAUGUUGAAUCCAAGUUUCAAAGCCAGGCCAAAGGGGUGACCUGGGAGGAGCUAGAGUCUCGUGAUAACUGCACCAUGAUUUCCAUUCAGAUCCACCAUUUGAUUCAUCUAAAAAAAAAAAACUGAUGUUUUAGGUUCUGAUCAAAGCCGCUGUUGGUCAAAAAGCUUCAGCUUGUGAAAGUGAAUCAAACCAGUUCUCUGUCAGUCAAAAACCAUUUAACACAAAUUCUCUGGAAAAAUAAAUGAAUGUUAUUGUCGGUUAUUACUGGAACAGCUCUGAAUGUUAGAGGAUGUUUCGCAUCAGCUGUUUCUGACUCAUCUAUGAAGUGUCAUUGAACGGGUGAAACAAUGAUUGUCUUUUUAAACAUUUCUGUAAAUGCUGCCUUAUCAGAAAGUGCCACCAAAACCCAGAAUUUUUCUUUCUUUUUUUCCAUUAAAAUAAAUCUUAUAUAAAAUCUAAUAUAAAACUAAAUGGUUCCCACAAUCAGUAAAGUGGAAUUACUGUUUUUCAUUAAACACAUUGAUUCAAGUGUUGUGAAAACCUCUGACAUGAGCAGACGCAUCUGUUAACAGGCUGUUAUGAGAUUCAUCCUUGGCAGUAAAAAUAUUGAAAAUAAUAAAUACUUAUAAAUGCUGCCAAAUAUACUGUGGAAGCACUCUGCACUGAUUUAAUCCAUCUUUAUCACACUUGCAUUCCUUUCAGUCUGUGGAUUAAACUUUCUUCUUCAGCUCUGGUCACAGUUUAACUCCUGAUGAUGAAAUUAUCAUUAUUCAAAGAUGAUUUUUUAAAAGCACUUUUGCUCACUGGCUCCCACUUGUACAUCUAUAUGAAUAUGUAAAUGUCUGAGAUCAUAUUGGAAGAAAAAUGCUUGUAUUUUUGUUACAGCUCUAACGUUUGUGGGAAAAUAAAGAAAUGAAAAC